GGUCCGCCGACCAAUGCAUUUCACUUUCCGUCUCCACUCGACUCAAACCAAGACUACAUCGUUGAGCGACAUCUUUGACGUGAAAGGAAUGCUGCUUGAGCGCAUUACUCAACGGGAUAGUGUGGGUUCCAUUGUUGUCGCAGCGUCUGUGCGAGACGCACAAAUAUACACUGGCUCGUGAACGCAUCGGCAGUAAGGAGGAUGCCCCUCAUCAAAAUGAAUGGACCAUCUCUCCUCUCAGUCAAUGUUGGAAAACACUUAAGACACCUUUUCGCCCAAUUGUCCUUGAAAUGUGGAGGUGAGCCCAUGGAAAACCCGUCAUCUUCAGACAGAGGAGCCUCGGAGGAGCGAGAAGGCGUAGUGGAGGAUGGUGUCGGGCUGAGAGGGGCCGAGGGCGCAGAGGCGGGCCCUCAUCUUGAAGCCCCAAGGAGGAGCAGCUCGUCCCGUUCCUCCCGCAAAAGCUUCCGGCUGGACUACCGCAUGGAGGAAGAAGUCACAAAGUCCUGUCGAGAUAGACAUGGCCGCUUUACUAACCCAUGGUCCACGUGGCGGUUCCCCACCUACUCCACGCUGCUCCGCUUCUUUUUGCUGGACGUGAACCACAGCAAUGUCCCGACUAGUAAAGCGGUAUUGCAUCACUGGUCAGCACUUCCUGGUGGGGAAAGGCUCCUUCCUUAUGUGACACCUUAUGCCUCCUUCCAGGCCCUCGAUAAUGAGCUGCCAGUCGUGGAGCCGUACUUUGUCCACAACCCGGACCUCUCCCCCUCCGGUCCGGGUCUGAGGGUCACCUGGCUCGGGCACGCCUCGGUCCUGGUGGAAAUAGACGGGUUGAACAUUCUGACGGAUCCCAUUUUCAGCCAGAGGGCGUCACCGGUUCAGUUCAUGGGUCCCAAACGAUACAGAGGCCCCCCUUGUAGUGUGCAACAAUUGCCCCGGAUUGAUGCUGUGGUCAUCAGUCAUUCCCACUACGAUCACCUUGAUGCUGGAACAGUGGGCAGCCUCAAUAUGCGCUUCGGAGCAGAGUUACGUUGGUUUGUGCCCCUCGGCUUGAUGGACUGGCUGGCCAAGGCGGGCUGCGAGAACGUGAUGGAGUUGGACUGGUGGGAGGAGAACUGCGUCCCGAUUCACGACGACAUCACGUUCGUGUGCACGCCUUCUCAGCACUGGAGCAAACGCAGCGCGGUGGAUAACAACAGGUCAUUAUGGGCCAGCUGGGCUGUUUUAGGUCCAGACCACCGCUUCUUCUUCGCCGGCGACACCGGCUACUGCUCGGUCUUCAGGGAGAUAGGGCGACGUUUCGGACCCUUUGACCUGGCAGCCAUCCCCAUCGGAGCAUACCUGCCGAGGGACGUGAUGAAAGGCCAGCAUGUGGACCCAGAGGAGGCGGUUCAGAUUCACAUGGACCUUCAGGCUAAACACUCGUUGGCUAUCCACUGGGGAACCUUUGCUUUGGCCUAUGAGCACUACCUGGAGCCGCCACGUCGUCUCCAGGAAGCUCUGGAGCAGAACGGCCUGAAACCGGACUCCUUCUUCACACUGCAGCACGGAGAGUCUCGCCUCCUGAUGUCUUGUAACAGAGACGUCUUUCCCUGAUCCCUGACCAGCGUUUAGUGACGGAAAAGCAAAAGCAUCUCGCUGUAUGUGUUUUUAAAAAUAAAUAAAAAAAACCUCUCCUGUCGUUGUGGCCUGAACAUGUCAUGACAUACAAUGAAAUGUCAACUUUAAAGCUGAUGGCAGUAAAAGCUGAGCUGGCUUCAGCUUCACACAAAUGUUUUUCAUCAUUUCUGCUUUUCCAAUUCUUUCAGCCAUUUCAGAAUACAAUGACAUGCACAAUGGUGUGGCAUUAUUAUUUACAGUUUUACCGUGAUGUGAUUGUACUUAGAUCUGAAUGUAAUUUGCAUGCUUUUUAGUACACAAUUUAGUGAUGUAUGUACAA